AUGGCCAACUACGAAUUAUCAGAAGAAUCUAAAGAACGCGUCGUCAAGGUUUUGGACGCUGCCAGAACCGUUGCCCACUACGGCUGGAUCCCGUUCGUCUUGUACUUGGGCUGGACCUCCACCAACCCAACCCAGCGUCCAUCGUUGAUCAAGUAUGUAUAG